GUCCAACUCUUCUGAAGGCUAUACUAGCGUGCCAUGGGCCUACGACUUCUUUGGCAUAGGGUUUCAACUGAUCAAGUCGUCUAUUCCCAGAUUCCUUCCAGCAGUGCUAGAAGCGAAGACUUCAACUGGCGCUCAUGCACUUCUUUUCGGUUUUUUAAUUGUGCAUAGGCGCUCAGACUAUUGUUUCAAUAGGCCAGGCCUCAGGACCCGCUGAGUCAAAACGUUGAAAUGCUGAGCACAGGCAUCGGGGAGCAUUUGUGGUAUAGCCUCAAUUUCAUAUGUUGCCAAAUCUCAUACGCGGCAGCUGUACAUGUGCAUUCUUGGAGCGCUUGGUCUAUUAUCAUCACAGCCAUCGCCCUGGUGCUUCCAAACAGAAAUCACAAAGCGUGCGAGGUUUACUUCUUCUUCGGAACCUUGGCUUUUGCCUUGGCGGCGGGAGCCUCUGCGGCAGGUGCAGGAGGUUUGGCACCUUUAUUUGGUGCAGGGGCACCCUUGGUGGGUGGGCUUGGUGCUCCGGAAGCAGCACCACCGGUAGUAGGAGCGCCAGUCUUAACAGCUUUCUUUGCAGCGGCCAUCGUGUAUUAUUUGCACGAGAGAAGAAGUAUGAGCGAGGAUGUGGUUGUGGUAGUCGAAUGGAGUACAAGCAGACAAUCUUUUAUAGCCCUCCCGCAGCCCUGCCCUCACCUUCGGCAGAGUUCGUACCGUUUCUCCCUGUGGAUCGCAAAUUACGCAGCUGCAUUCAGUUCCGGAACUAUCGAUGUCCAAGAUGAGUUUGGACUCUGUCAGUUCAGGAUAUUUUCGCGCCAUUUACGCUCUGAUCUGUUUGUGGCAGUUCCAAUGAUCUCUACUGGAGGGAAGAUACAGCGGAAAUGAAGCCAGCAGAGCUUAUCCUCCCAACCAUCUCCUUUCCCCUUAUCUGGGAGCUGCGUACGUUGAAACUUACUAUAUUUCAUCACAAGCUCUGCAGUUUGGCUGUUGGUCUGCAUCCUGAAACGGAUAGUUCACCUUGUGACAGACCACACUUGUACCAAAUACCAUUCUUAAUCACUCCUCUACAUCCCCACCAAUCGCAUCAUAGCACGGGCGUUUUUAUGUGUGACUUCUCCCCUUGCGCAUUCAUUUCGGUGGAAGUGCCCUUCCCUGUGACCUCGCUUCUUGCCCGAGCUUAUCUACGUGGAAGUUAGGAUUGCGCAAUUUUGGCCUUCCAGUCUGCCUCGGGAAAGACGCGAAACAUAAUCACAUCUAA